UCUAGACAAACUUAAGCUUUUCAAGGCCCAGAGAGGGGGCUUCCGCUUCUCCUGAUCUUGUAGAUGGACUCUUAUUAUUCCAUUUUUGGGCUUAUGUUAAUGGAGCUUGUUAGACUGCAGAGGAAUAGGGCGGAAUUACGCAGCGUUUGAUUGCCAUGAGAAACAUUGUUGAAGAGGGGAAGGAUUUCAAAAGCGUACUGCUUUUCCGCCUCUCACCAAAUCAUAAAGAAAAUUUUUUGGCCCUUUCCAUGGAUUCUGCUUGAAAGUUAUCGGGGCAAAUAAAAUGGUCCGUCAGAGGGGGUCCGGCUAUUUCCCCUGGUAAAUUUAGCUUUGGCCGAACGCCGUGCAGCUCUUCUUCUUUGACAGAGCAGUGGCCUUCGUCCUUCUCAGCAACGGCAGUGGAAGCAAUUCUCUGUGGUGAGAGGUUCUCCAGCAAAUCUUGCCGUGCCUGAUCCUUUCCCUACAUCCCUUGUGCGACCUACCUCUGCCAGCAUUAAGGUCCUCCAGCAUUCAACGCUCCUCUAGCAUGCCGACCGGCGCACGCCCAGUUUGUGUGGACGAAGGCGAUGAUGAUCUCUGGUGCGAGGAUUCAGCUUCUGAUGGGUAUAGGGAUGAUGGUCGUGAUGGUAAAUCAGAGCUUGAUAGGGAGUGGAAGAGGAGGCAGAAUCAAUUUCAUACAGUAUCCCGAAGCAAUCUCAGAUUAGAUGGAUUAAUGGCGGGGAAGGAAGCUUCUGCACAGGAAGGUUUCAAUGCUGGUUUCAGGGAAUCUGUGAUGGCAGGAUACAACUGGGGGUUGGUGAGAGGCAUUACCAGUACAUUGAGUUGCCUCCCGGAUGAGUUGAAGGAGAAGCUAAUUGGAAGAUCUGAUAAAGGAGACGAGCUUCAGGCCCUAUAUGAAGCUACACACUCUGUUUCAUCAAAUGAGGCACUAAUAUUUUUUCAUGAUGAUGUAAUGAACAGAAAACCUCUGGACAGUGGUCCAGAUUCUUCAGGUGACUUGAUACAACCGAAUGUUUUGGGUGAUGCUUCAUACUGCGGGAAGCUGGAAAGUUUCAAAGAGAAACUCAAGAGUGUCGUUAGUGAAUCUCCUGCUUCUGGAAUCAUUGCAGUAAUAGAAUCAAAUAUAGCUGGCUAAGUUUAUCAAUGCAAGAAAAGACAAUGUCAAAGAAAUGCAUUUUGGUUUCUGAGGUGGUCGGACAUUUCUCAGCUGUACGUUUCUUAACAUAACUGGUGAUGCUAUGCUGAAGAAUGGAUCUGCAUCGCCUGUUUCUCGAAGGCAAUGAGAUUUUGUGUCGUCACUAUGCUCUUUCUAAAAGCCAACAUGUUAGCUUAUUGGUCUAUACAAAUUCAUAUUUGGUAUUCAACUUUUUGUCAAUUUGUAAAAUAAAAGCUGGUAGGUUCUCGGUUCCUACUUUCUUCUAGACCUCUUUCACACUUUCGUUGCACUGCCAGUUGCGUUUAUAAAAUGCUGUUAUGGAGCUUGUGAUGA